AUGGCAAACGUUACCGUCCGAAAAUUGAUAGGAAUGGCAAACCUAUCGGCACUUGGCUUGAUCGUCCUUUUCCGGAGCCAGAAUCCAUCCAUUUGGGGCCCUGGCGCUCUGGAUAUUAACAACGGCAUCGCUUAUUCUGACAAAGGAAUUGUUGUUUCGACGGUAUAUUGGGACCAACUCUGGUUGAAGCAACAAUAUCGUUGCACCGUUCGUUGCUUCAAUUGCUGGCAGUACAUCAACAAGAAACGGUCGACCCGCAGAGGCCCGAAGGCCACUUUUGCCGCUGUAGGAAGCCUCUUCAUCGGUAUUGGGGACCGGACGCCCAUUAUAUAUGCAAUUCUUCUGGCUCCAAGGUGUGGGUGCCUUCGUUUGAUUCGCCGGCGCAGCAGCCGUCAAUAG